GAAAAUGGAAAACGAGCAAACUAAGGAAAUAACACAAACCCAAAAAUCACCAAAUUUUGCGGUUUCAAACUACACAUUAAUUUUCAUCCCCAAAAAUAAAAUAAUCUAAUAUUUCUCAGGUGGUGCUCUUCUUCCACCAAAGCACCCCUGAGAUAUUCAAUAAUCAAAGGGAUUCAUUCAUUCAUUCAAUUCCGUUUUUCAUAUACAUUUUUGUUUUUGCAAUUUCUUUGUUGCAUUUUUCAUAAUCAAAUGGCUUCUGAUGGAUUCACCGAUAAGAAUGUAGUGUUCAGAAAACUCAAAUUGAAGUCUGAGAAUAAGAUGUGUUUCGAUUGCAAUACGAAGAAUCCUACAUGGGCGUCUGUUACGUAUGGGAUCUUUCUCUGCAUUGAUUGUUCUGCUGUUCAUCGAAGUCUCGGCGUUCACAUCAGUUUCGUGAGAUCUACAAACUUAGACUCAUGGACUCCUGAGCAACUAAAAAUAAUGAGCUUUGGAGGAAACAGUCGUGCAACGACUUUCUUUAAGCAACAUGGUUGGACCGAUGGUGGUAAAAUAGAAGCAAAGUAUACAUCUAGAGCUGCAGAGUUAUACAGGCAAAUUCUCGCAAAGGAAGUAGCUAAAAGUAUGGUUGAGGAGGGAGGCUUGACUCCAUCACCUAUUGUUUCUCAGUCUUCUAACGGACUUCCUGAGAUCAAGAUCGAUGAGGUACUGAAAGAAAGCACUAUGGAGAAGGUAGAAAAGCCCGAGAGCACAUCUUCACCUAGAGCUUCACAUACAGUAAUGUCUAAUAAUUUGAAGAAGCCUAUUGGUGGGAAAAAGCCUGUGAAGGGUGGGGGACUUGGUGCUCGUAAGCUCAAUAGAAUGUCAAGUGAGAAUCUCUAUGAGCAGAAGCCUGAAGAACCACCUUCUCCAGUUCCAUCCACAACAAACAACAGUUUGUCUACCAGGUCAUCUCUGAGUUCUCGUUUUGAGUAUGUAGAUAAUGUUCAAUCACCUGAUUUGGAUUCUGGAAGUUCAAAUGCAUUCAAUCAUGUUUCUGCACCAAAGUCAUCAAGCUUCUUUGCAGACUUUGGAAUGGAUAGUGGUUUUCCCAAGAAAUUUGGGUCAAGCACCUCAAAAGUCCAAAUUGAGGAAACUGAUGAAGCAAGAAAGAAGUUCUCAAAUGCCAAAUCUAUUUCGUCAUCUCAAUAUUUUGGAGACCAGAACAAGGCGAGAGAUGCUGAGACUCGGGCUACUUUGUCAAAAUUUUCAGGUUCAUCUUCCAUCUCUAGUGCUGAUCUUUUUGGUGACAAUGGAGACUCCACCAUUGAUCUUGCUGCCAGCGAUCUCAUCAAUCGAUUAUCCUUUCAGGCACAACAGGAUAUCUCUUCCCUUAAGAACAUUGCAGGAGAGACCGGGAAAAAACUCAGCUCCUUGGCCUCCUCUUUGAUGACAGAUCUUCAAGAUCGAAUACUCUAAAAUUGUUUGUUCUGUAUUUAAGAGAAUUCGUCGAGUUUUUUUUUACCCAUACCCGCCAAUUGUGUUUCUUAUGUCAUAGAAGGGUUUAUUAUACAAUUCUUUGUGAAACAAAAAAAAUAAAAUAAUAAAUGUACUAUAAAUUUCAGUCUUGUGAUAUAGACCAAUGUCAUGUAUAUAGAGGAGAAAAAACUUCUUGUGUACUUUAUAAAGCUAGUUUCCUUUUAUUUACUAAA